AUGCAUAUCGGGGUUUUGGCCAGAUCAUAUCCUUUGAUUGUAUUGCGCAUGAUUGAGUUACUGGAUGAUCCAUUCGCACUUUUACGUACAUGUCGGGCGUUCUGGAUGGUCGGAAAACAUACAAAGAUUCGACUCAUAUGGCUUGUAAAUCAUAGUCAACACCGGCUAAAGGAAUUCAACACCGAGUUGAAUUCCGAGCGACAACUACAGCUUGUGCAGAGUGUUUUCGAGACUGGUGUUCAAUACCAUAUCUUGACUACCAGUGUGUGGUCACAGUUGCUAUUUCACUUGAACAGCUCUUUACCGAAUAUUCAAAAUCUCAAUCAUGAGUCUUUUUGUCUAAAUACAUGGCUUGCCAGAUGGGGAAAGUAUGACAUUCUCGUUCUUGCGCUUACCUACGGAUUUUGCAACGCAAACGACCUGUUAAAAAACCUUGUUCGAUUUGGUCAUGUCAACCAAACACUUGCACUUCUUGAGCAUCCUCAACUUUUUUAUAAAAAGUGCAUUACAUUACCUCACAAAGUAUUUCGAUACCUCGCUCCAUCCAAUGUACUAUGUUUGAUCGACAACCAAAGCAUAUCUAUUCAAUCCUUUGUUCAAUGGGGUACAUGUCCCAUUGGUCAGCAUACGUUGCGGCAAGUUCUUGAUGGUAAACUGGGAUCCACAUCGACCCAAUCUAAAUGUGCUGAUCUGUUUAGAGAGGUAUCCGAAGAAUUGAUUGUCUACGCGAUCAUGAGAAAAGACCAAAGAUUGGUUUCAUUUAUUCUGAGUAUGCCCAAACAUACUUGUUUGAAUCUAGCCCGAGUGCAACGUAUUGCCAUUCAAGGUAAAAUAGCCGCCAUGGCAAAUCUUGAUGAAAAACAGACAGAUCAACAUCACACUCUAAAUAUUACAUAG